AUGUGUCAAUGGCAGAAGUUAUUUCCAGGAAGUAUCUUCUCAGAUUUGCAUCCCCUUCAAAUUACUAUAAAUAGUACGUACAAAUCUCUCUCUAUUCUCCCAUUCAAGAAUCCAUCAAUCAAUCUACUAUUCUAAUGGCAGAAUGGUCUCAACUCCCCCGAGAACUCGUAGACCUCAUCUCCAAACACCUCUCUUCUGAAAUCGAUUUCCUCCGUUUCCGUUCCGUUUGCUCUUCCUGGCGUUCCUCCGUUCCUCCUAAACCCUACCCGAAUUCCCCUUCUCGUUUCCCCAUUCUCCCUAAUAACGGCAUCGCUGAAAACAGCUGGGGUUUUAAACUUACCAAAACACCCCUCUACCUCAUCACUCCCCCAACUGAAACGACGUCGUCUGAUAGUAACCACGGUGGAUGGAUCAUUAAACUGGAUAGGGAAAAUCCUCAACGUAUGCGUUUGCUUAAUCCUCUUUCCAGAUCCCAAUUCAAACCUCUUCCUUCCAAUUUUCCAAAAAAUUUGGAUUCCUCGCAAUACCCAAUUCUUGAAUUAGGCCAGGAGUAUACUCUUCAGUUUAUAAAGUACCGACCUAGGGCUAAUUCAAUUGCGGAUGCGGGGAAUCUUUACAUGGAAAAAGUUGCUGUUCGUUUGGAAGAAGAUGGGUUUUUGUUACUGACAAUUCAUGUUUCUGGGAAAUUGGUAAUGUAUAGAUCUGGUGAUACGAAGUGGUCUAUUGUUGAUGACUCAUCAUUGCCGUACGAUGAUGUUAUUCUUAAAGAUGGGAACUUUUAUGCUGUUGAUAAUACUGGGAAGGGAGUGCUUGUUAAGUUGAGUGAUGGGUCAGCGCCGGAAUUGACCAUUGUUGGUCAGUCUGUGUUUGGUGGGGAUAAGAAAUUUCUUGUGGAGUCGUGUGGCGAAUUGUUGAUGGUUGAUAAGUAUUUGAGUAUUGGUCCAGAAGAUGAUCUUGGAUAUAAUGAGAAUGUUGAGUUUUAUGAGGAAUUUGAUUGUUACAUGAGUGAAAGGACAGUUAAGUUUAAAGUUUAUAAGCUGGAUGGAGAUAUGCAGAAGUGGGUUGAGGUUACUGAUUUGGAAGAUAGGAUACUGUUUGUGGGGGAUAAUUGUAC